CAGAGGGGGUAGUUGUAACAUAGGGGUAUUUGGGUCAUUUGCUAAGCCAGAAUUUUUAAUUAAAAUGAAUUAAAAAAAAAAAAAAAAUUGAGUAUUUUUUGACAUUUCAGUUGUUUUUGAGUUUGCACCUACCUGUAAUUAAGCUUUAUCUGGUGUCAGCAUAAUUCUGUAAUUUUUUUAGUUAGUCAUUUUCUUAAAACAAAAACUAGCUUUUGUUAUAGAAGUUGUGGACGAGUACCAAAAUUGCUGGGUAAAUUGAUAUUUGAAGAGACACCAUUUUGUUUUCCAAAAUAUAAUUACCAUUUUGUUUUCUUAAAAACUAAACAAAUUAUUAAAAAAAAAAAAAAAAAAACUCAAGCUGUUAUAUAUAAUCACCAAAAUCUAAUUUGCUAGUUCAAUACAGUUUUACAUAUCAUUAACUAAUUAAUGCAAUCAAAAAUCAACUACUAUUCUUCCAAGGAAUUUUCUCCAUGUUCUGGUUUUUCCCGCUUUUUCUUUUUUUAUAUUUAUUUUUAUCAUUUAUCAUUCAUAAAUUUUGACAAGAAAGCUGAUGUGCCAAGUUUUUGAUAAAUUUCUUUACUCUUUGUUAUGAAUGCGAAAUAAACUAAUAGAGAUACUUUACAAAUUGGAGCCGAAUUAUUUUGUAUAGCACAAAUGUUGUAUUUGCUUUAAAUUGCCUCAACAAAAGACUGGUUGAUAAUUUAGAAAUAUGACAGAAUAUUACCGUCCCAAAAUUUAUCACAAAGUUUAUAUGUACUGAGAAAUUAGAAUAAGAUAAUGUACAACAUUGUUGGUGCAUAUUUCUUGGUCUCUGGCAUAUGCUUUUGUCCCCCCUUGGAGAAAGUUCCCUCUGCUUGACUAAACACAGUGUCUGCCGUGUUGGGUCCAUGGACUGCAUUAUUGGUGUUUGCCGUGUGGGGGCAUAUUGCAGCAUCCAUAUUAGACUUUUCAGCAAUUUCCCAUUAAGCUUUACUUGGUCCUUCUUAGACAGAAUAUUGAACCUCUCUUCACUGCUAAGUCUCUCUCUCUCUCUCUCUCUCUCUCUCUCUCUCGUGGAAGAAAAGAGCAUGGCUGAAGCCUUGGUGGGUGGAGCAUUUCUCUCGGCUUCCCUUCAAGUGUUGUUUGAUCGGCUGGCUUCUCGCGAGUUCAUCAACUUUUUUUCCAAACAAAAAAUUGAUGAUGGACUCAUGGGCAAGAUGGAGACGAACUUACUGGCCCUUCAAGUACUUCUGGAUGAUGCAGAGGACAAGCAGAUCACCAACUCAGCAGUGAAAGCUUGGCUCGACAAGCUCCAACAUGUUGUCUACCAAGCUGACGACUUGCUGGACGAGAUCUCUACCAAGGCCUUGAGGAACAAGUUGGAAGCUGAUGAUCUGCCCCAAACCCAAAGAAGCAGAAGUAAGGUUAGUUUGAGUCGAUUUUUCCUUCUAAUGAGGCGAUUUCUGUUACGCAUUAAUUGUUUUGUCUCGACUCCUGCUUAUCUUUCUGAUAAAGCAAUAGAGUCCAAGAUGAAAGAGGUCAUCAGUAAGUUGGAGGAGUUCGUCAACCAAAACAAUUCUCUUAAUUUGACUGAGAAUGUUGGAAGACAACAGUGGCAAGGACAAGAAACUUCUUCUGUGGUAGUUGAAUCUGAUAUCUAUGGGAGGAAUGUUGAGAAAGAGAAGAUAAUGGAAUUGUUGUUGUCUGAGAAUGCAACUAGGAAUCAGAUUCCUGUAAUCCCUAUUGUCGGAAUGGGAGGGAUGGGAAAGACUACCCUUGCUCAACUUCUAUACAAUGAUGAUAGAGUAAAUGAGAAAUUUCAUCAUAUGAAAGCAUGGGUUUGUGUUUCUGAUCCAUUUGAUACUUACAUGAUAACAAAAAGAAUUUUUGAUGAUCUCACUGGAUCAAACGCUGACAUCAAGAGUCUUAAUCAACUUCAAAUUAAGUUGAAAGAGACCCUAGCGGGGAAGAAAUUUCUAAUUGUCUUGGACGAUGUUUGGAAUCACAACUACAAUGAAUGGGACUGCUUAAUAAAACCUUUCAAUGCUGGAGCACCAGAAAGUAGGAUUAUCGUGACAACACGCAUUGACGAUGUCGCAUUUCGAAUGGGCACCGUUCCUAUUCUUUACUUGGAGCAAUUGUCAUUUAAAGAUUGUUGGUCAUUAUUUGCAAAGCAUGCAUUUGGGUGUGGAGAUUAUAUGGCUCAUUCAGACUUUGAGAGCAUUGGCAAACAAAUUGUGGAGAAGUGCAAAGGCUUGCCCUUAGCGGUAAAAUCACUGGGAGGUCUCUUGCGGUCUAAACAGGAUAUUCAGGAUUGGAAAAAUAUAUUUAAAAGCAAGAUAUGGGGUUUGAAGGAGAGAAACAUUCUUCCGGCUCUAAGAUUGAGCUAUCAGUAUCUUCCUUCACAUUUAAAGCGUUGCUUUGCGUAUUGUUCAAUAUUUCCAAAAGAUUACAAAUUUGAAAAGGAAAAGUUAAUCCAGUUAUGGAUUGCUGUAGAUCUUGUACAGCAACCCAAUAUGUUAUUGGAAGAUGUAGGUAAUGACUACUUCCGUGAACUAUUGUCAAUGUCUUUCUUUCAGAGAUUAAGUCAUGACAGUGGUUCUGGUUUUGUGAUGCAUGACCUAAUCCAUGAUUUAGCUCAACAGAUAUCUGGAGAGUUUUGUUUUAUGUUGGAAGAUGCCAAGCCCCUUAAUCAUAACUGCGAAAAAGUCCGCCAUUUCUCAUAUGUUCAAGGCGAAUAUGAUGCAUCUGAGAAAUUCAAGGAUGUUAAUGAAGUUGAGUGUUUACGGACAUUCAUAUCAUUUUCAAGAAACAAACAAAUUUCUUUCUUAGGCAAUAAGGUACUAAUUGAUAUGUUGCCGAGCCUAAAAUGCUUAAGGGUUCUGUCUCUGUCUCAAUAUCAGAUUUCUGAAUUGCCCAAGUCAAUCGGAAAUUUGAUUCAUUUACGCUAUUUGGAUCUCUCUUGGACAAAAAUCAAGCGGUUACCUGAUUCAGUAACGACCUUGUGCAAUUUACAAACAUUAGAUUUGUCAUAUUGUGAGAAUCUCACUGAAUUGCCUGUGACUAUGGGAAAACUAAUAAACUUGCGCCAUCUUGAUAUCAGAGAAACUAGAUUGACUGAAAUGCCAAAGCAGAUGAGCAGAUUGAAAGAUCUCCAACAUUUAACAUAUUUUGUAGUUGGCAAGGAUGGUGGGUCAAAGAUUAGUGGGUUGAAGGAACUCUGUCAACUUCGGGGGCAACUUAGCAUUUUGGGGCUGAAAAAUGUAACCCGUAGUCUGGAUGCAUCAGAGGCCAAUCUGAAAGGGAAGGAGCACCUUGAAGGGUUAGAGCUGGAAUGUGGUGGUGAUACAAAUGAUUCAGAAAAAGAAAGAGAUGUACUCGACCAGCUACAGGCUCAUGUGGGAGUGAAGGAUCUCCGCAUCAUUAACUAUGGGGGCACAAGAUUUCCGAAUUGGUUAGAGAGAGCUCAUUUGUUUCGUGAUAUGGUGUCUUUGGAUCUUAUAGACUGUGCAAAUUGCUCUUAUUUGCCACCGAUUGGGCAGCUACCAUCUCUAAAAAAUCUAAGGAUUGAAGGAAUGGAAGCAAUAAGGAAGGUGGGUCAAGAGUUCUAUGGGAAUGCUUCUUCUUCGAUCAAACCAUUUCAAUAUUUGGAGAAACUAAGCUUUAAACGAAUGUCGGAGUGGGAGGAAUGGCAUUCAUCAGGGGUUGGAGAAUUCUCUUGCCUUUUAGAGUUUUCUUUGGUCAAUUGUCCUACGUUGACCAGUGAAUUAUCCAUCCGCUUCCCAUCUCUAACGAAGCUUAAAAUUUCAAAAUGCCAACGGCUUGUAUCCAAUCAAGUUAGGCUGUUGCUGCAAGGCCUUCCUUCUAUUCAGGAGUUGGAGAUUUCAGAGAUGACAAACUUGACAGAAUUGCCGCAUCAGCUGCAACACCUGUCUUCUCUUAAAAAUUUGGAGAUUUCAGAUAUUCCAAACUUGACGGAAUUGCCACAGCAGCUGCAACACAUGUCUUCUCUUCAGAAAUUGGAGAUUUCAUGCAUGCCAGACUUGAAGGAAUUGCCACAGGAGUUGUGCAAAUUAGUAAAUCUUGAAAGGUUGAAGAUAGAGCAAUGCCCGAGGCUUGUGUCAUUUCCGGACGUGGGGUUACUGCCGAUGCUUAAGACUUUGGAGAUCGAAAGAUGUGAAGCUCUACGGUCCCUAGUAGCAGUACCAUCAGAGAAAAUCAUGAAUAUGAUGCGCAUCAACAAUUGUUCAUCUUUUCAGGUGUCUUUUCCCAUCGCUGCAUUGAAAAUGCUUUCCAUCUCUGACUGUGGAAGAUUAGAGUUUCCCUUGUCCGAGGAGAUGGAGGGGCAUAAUUACCACACAUCCAUUGAAGAUCUGAGCUUAAUUGAAAGCUGUGAUCAUCUCAAGUUGCUGUCAUUAGGCUUCUUUCCAAAGCUUCGUUCUCUCAACAUCUUGUGGUGUAAAAAUUUGGAAACGCUUUUGAUCCCGAACGAGCUUCAGUAUCUGAUGUAUUUGUACAUCGGUGAUUGUGAGAAUCUAAAGUCACUGCCUCAACGAAUGCACACCCACCUCCCAUCUCUUGAAUCAUUGACGAUAGAGAAGUGUCCAGAAGUUGAAUCAUUUCCAGACGGAGGUUUGCCAUCCCACUUAACUACACUUGUGAUCUAUAAAUGCGAGAAACUGAUGAAGGGCCGGAUUGGGUGGGAUUUGCAAACACUCCCAUCUCUUGAAACAUUCAGCAUCAGCGGUGAAUAUAAAGAAGAAGUGUUGGAGUCAUUUCCGGAGGAGUGCCUAUUGCCCACCUCUCUUACCUCUCUUACCAUCGUUAACCUUCAAAAUCUGAAAUCACUGAACCACAAGGGCCUUCAACACCUCACCUCUCUUAAAACUCUGUCCAUCAGUUACUGCCCUAAACUCCAGUCCUUGCCAGAAGAGGGGCUGCCCAACUCCCUCUCUUUCCUGCAAAUACGCAAAUGUCCAUUGCUGAAACAUUGGCCCAACAUUUCCCGAAUCCGCCACAUAAGGAUCGAUGGUGAAGACAUCGUAAACUUGGAGUGAGACACUGAUGCAUGCUUAUAUAUAGGUGAUGGUUCUGUUUGGUUAGAGUGCUGUUUCUAUGAUGAAAUUUCAGUACUGGAAAGAUCGAUGACAAAUAAUGUUAGACCAUGCCCAGAUCAAAAUCUCAACUUUCUCAACAUUGUGGUUGCAGAGAAACUUCAAUUCUCAGUCAGCUAAAACCCUUUGAUCUCUGUUUGAUCCUCAGAAACAAUGAUGGAAUGCAAAGGAAUAUGGCGAAAAGACAGCAGAAGUAAAAUAAAAUGGUCCAUAGGUACGAUGUGUCAAAGCCAUUGCAACAUGGUGACAGAGGCAUAUAUAAGUGUUGGGGUGGAGUAUGAGGUCAAUUCUCAUUGAUAAUACGACACUAUGAAUGUGAGUCGAUGCUGGUGCUGGAAUGCAGAAUCAUAAAACAUGGCCUCUGCGUACGUAGGGGCUCGUUUCUUGAACAAUUGUUCCAUGCUAUUUUUCAAAAUGACAUCAACAACUGUCGGAAUUUCAUGCAGAGUUUACAUUAGUUUGUGAGUUUAUUAAUUUUUAUCAUCAAAUUGAAAUGUAUAUUUAAACUAUAGCCAAGGGGGCUUGUUCGUUGAGUUUGGAGAUGAUCAUCGAAAACCCUUUUCUUUUUUUUUUUCCUAUUUAUUUUUUGGGGGUUGGGUGAGCGUGGUAAGGUUUACCAGUCUUGGGAAGAGACUAGCUUUUCUUUAAAUGUUUGAUUUUAUCAUUAAAUUACAGAUGUUCUUUAAAUUUUCAUUUCA